UUACGACCGUGCGCAUUUUCGUUGACAAGAGUGUUGCCUGGACACGAUUGUAAUUGUGAAGGCAACUAAUAGUCGUUUCUUUUCGUCAAAGAACUAGACAAUGGGAAGCCCGCGCAAAGGCAUGAGAACCAGACAUGCAUGUCACAUAAAUAUGACGCGCUCGUGCAACGCGACUUCCCUGGCAGAGAUAACUAAGUAUCGAACUCAUGGCACCAAGGACUCGGUCUGCUAGCGGUGCCAUUAGCUCUCCUACCACGCCUUCUAAGCCGUCCGUAAGCACAGGCUCAAGCGGGUUACAUACCCCCGGAAGUACACCUCGUCGCGCUCCCCAUUGCACCAAGUGUGGUCGUCCUCGUGCGGGCCAUCCUCGUUCUGGUUGCCCUUAUGUUGCGCAGUCGAAUCCACCUUCUCCUUCCAACAAAUCGAAACCAGUCUCUGAAACCACAGCACCUCAUCCAGAAGAUGACAUAGCGGACGACUUGUCGUCGUUGCGCCUCGUCACUCCCACCGAAGAAACAGGAUUAGUAGUAGAUCGGACAAAACGUCUCAAACGUCGCCUCUCAGUCCGAUUUGCGCUUGUUCCUGCAGAAACACUGGCCUCGCUGUCCUCCUCAAGUUCCGAACUCGUGGAGAAGCUAUUGACGCCAGGAAUGAUGGGUGACACGUGCGAUAGUGAUGAUUAUGAGGGGGGGCUACAGUGGAAGAGGUCGCUCAUCCACGCGGAGCCUGCCUCGCGUGCACUAGCCGCACGUGUUGUUACUGCUGUGGACGAGGAGAAAAAACCGAUACAGGUUACUGGGAAACUACUGUCGCGUGAGAUGCCGGGCACUCUAUUCACCCCAACUGCGAGCCUCACGUCGACCGAGCCAUUAUCUGAUGGCAACAUUGGAGGAUCGAUCAACAUGGACGACACCUUAUUUUUGCUCCCGGAUCCGGAUAUUAAGAAGCCCAAAGCUUUGCAGCGCACUAUGAGCAUCGAGCAACGCUCACUCUUUUUGGAGCGUCUUAGUCGCUCCUCUGAGAGCGCGCCCGCCACCUUGGUAUCCAUCUCAAAUGAUGAAGUGAGAAGACUUGGAUUUAUUGUCCGGGAACUCUCUAGCGGUAGGCAAGAUGGUCAAAGGUGGAUGAUAUUGGGCACGGACUCCCAUGCUAUGGAUUUGCUGGAGAAGAGGUUCGAUGAGGAAGAUCGGAAGAGAACGAAUGCGCAAUGUGGAGGAAAACUUAAAGCCGUCGCAGGGGGGGCGCUCUUGGGCGCCGUGGCGACCUGGACCGGCCUCGCAUUUUCCUAAUCCCUUACCUAGCGCACUGUAAGACUCCUGUAUCAUGAACUUUGGACUACCUCCGGACCGAGACUGUGACAUUCUGCGUUAUUGGAA